AUGGCUUCAUCCUCCCAACAACCCCAAAUGGCCCAAAUCCCACCGCAAACCGCCCCUGCGCCAGCACCAGCGCCCGCCAUCGCCGCUCCUCCACCAGCGCAAAUGUCUAUUCCCGCAGGAUACCAGCCCUAUCCCGCUCCCAUGGCCUACGCUCCCUUCCCCGUCCAGCAGGCCUAUGAGUCGCCCCGACCACCGCAGAACAAAAUCUGGGAAUUCAUCAAGCUGGGCCUGCAAUCGCUGUCCUUCGUCCUCGCCGUAGUGGGCGUCGGCCUGGGCUUCAGCACGCUGAACUACGUCUUUUUCGUCGACACCGUCGUCAUUGCAGCUGCUCCUCCUUGCAUCGUCGCCAUCCUCUGGUCCGGCGCCGAACUCAUCACCCGCGCCAUCCGCCGCUUCAAGGCCGGCAUCCACCCCGGCGCCCACGUGGCCCUCUCGCUCAUCAUCUUCCUCGUCGCCGUCAUCCUGACCUCGCUCUUCGGCCCCUGGUUCCAGAGCUCCUGGAACGACAACUACGACGACGACGACGGCCAGGACUGCUCGUACCACUACAGCUCCUCCCUGGGCGAUUAUGUCUACAGCUGCACCGACAACUCCAAUGACCCGGAGGUGAUCGCCUCGAGGCACCAAUUCCGUCACGAGAGGAGCGUUGCGUAUGCUGCCGCCAUCAUCACGUACAUUAUUGCCGUGAUUCACUUUACUCUCUUUGUGGGCGCUUGUAUUGAUACGUCAAAGGUCAAUGCUGCUGCUUCGAGACCCAUCUAUGUCAUUGCGCAGCCGCAGGGUCUGCAGGCUAUGAUGCAGGGCUGGCAGCCACUUCAGCAGGCUCCGGCUGAGACUGAGGCUCCUAGGGAUGUAGUGGCUCCUGCUGAGACAGAGGCUGAACCUGAAACCGAAGCUGUCACUCAGAGCAAAGGAAAGGGCAAGGAGCCGAUGCGGGGUGGCGACGUUGUAGAGCAUGAUGCUCCCAGUGGCUCACAAGCAUGA